GCGGUCCUCCUCGCCCCCAUCCAAAUCCCCCGCCACCCCCUCGCGGAGGAGGAGGAGGCCGGCGGCCAUGGAGGAGGAGAGGAAGGGGUUCCAGCCACAUCUGAUGGCCCUGGGCGGCGGGAGCAGGUUGAGGGGUGCGGCGGGGGCGAUGGGCCUGCAGAAGCAGAAGUCGUGGUCGCCCGACAUCGAGCGGGACGAGGCGUGGGAGCGGCGGCGGCGCGGGAUACUGGGCAGGGGCCGCCGCUCGCCGCUGCAGCGCGCGCAGAGCGUCACCGACGACCAGCUCGACGAGCUGCGCGGCUCCCUCGAUCUGUGCUUCCGCUUCGACCCGCCCUCGCAGCGUUGCGCCGCCUGUGACGUCGGGAAGAGCCGCCUCGUCGAGACGCUCCCGGCGGUCGACCUCCUCUACGCCGUCGCCGCCAACGCCAACGCCGGCGCGGCCAACCAGUGCUCCUGAGGUGCCUCCUCGGAGGCCUCCGAGCCGUUGCAGAUCGGGAUCCCCCUCUCCAUACACUCCCCAAGUACGCGCAUUCAGUUCCGUUUCAUCUGAUCUGUUUGAUUAGA